AUGGUUAACAGAAACCAAAAGGAAUUCCAUGAACAAGAAACACAAACAGAUGAAGCUUUUCCAAGUACUCGAUUAAUAACAGAUUAUACUAGUGGAUUUCGUCAAGAUAAUUAUGAUUUUAAUGAUGACGACGAUUGUUAUGAUUUACAAGCAUUCAAUACUCAAAUAAAACAGCAUGCUAAAAUAGAAUACGACAAUAAUCGUGAUACAGCUAGUCCAAGACCGACAUUACCGGUCGAAAAUACAAUUACAAUAGAUUCAAAUCAUGCAUUAUCGACACAAGUAGCUGGUACUUUACUGGAUAAUUGUAUACAAAUAUCGCUGAAAAAGGGUAUCGUCCCGAUUCGUCGACAAAUCGGACACUUCAAAGAAUAUACAUCAAAGAAUUUCAAAGGCGGGAGGGGCGGUGUGAGAAAUCAAAUAGUUCUAACCGAUCCUACCAAUAUGGGUCGGCAAUAUACAAUCGAUAAACAAAAGUAUUCAAUUGUUAAAAGAAAGACUGAUCAAACAUUAAAUUCAGAUUGUAAUUCAACAAGACAUUUAUUACAUCAUCUUAUUAAUUCUUUAUAUUCGUUUCACGAACUUGAAAAAAGCUCAAUUGAUGGAAAAAUUUCUCAUACUAUAUCAUUGUCAGUAUCACGAAUGACCACUAUCGACAACCAUAUGCUAAAACUUUAUGGUUCACAUUAUGAAACAUAUCGUAAAUUAAAACUAUGUGGUGCUAAACAACAAGAAUCAUUUAGAGCUCAAAAAUCAUAUUUAUCAAAAGACAAAACUACCGCAUUAGCUAUAAACUAA